CAGGAAUGGUUCUUAAUGAAGAAAAAGGAGAAGUAUUGGUUGUUCAGGAUAGGCAAUUGGUAUAUGCACACCUCAGUACAUUGCUCUUUAUUUAUGAAUUAAAAAGUACUCUUAGAUAUUGUAUUUAUGCAAAAAAAAGCACUGGCCCUAAAUAACGAGAUUAGUAGUUCUCAAAUGAUGAAUAUAUGUUGAAUUUCAUAUAUUUGAACUUUGAACUGCAGGAUAAAUGCGGUCAUCACAGUUAGUAGUAGUUCUGUUUACAUAAACAGCUAUUUUUACAGUUGUGGUUUCAACAAUAAUAAAUUGUAAAGAUUCUUGGUGUCGCGCACGGGUGCAAUUAACAAAUUACAUAAUACAAAAGCAGGGGCAUAGCGUCCAUAUACACACUUGGACCUGUGUGUACAUGUACAGCUGAAACAUGGAAAAAUAUAGAAAAAGCAUUUUUUAUCAUUAAAUCGGGAUGACUGAUACAUUAUUCACACUACAUUGAUGUCCUCGUGUUAGCGUUUCCUUUGUGCAUUUAUUAUUCGAUAAUUCUGAUGGCAUCACUGGCCUUUUUUUCCUGUUAACUCAUACACCUUACCGAGAGAUGGGUGAAAUGAAAAAAUCAACUAAGUACUGUACUUUCCUGCAUAUUAAUUUGCUGAAAAUGUCCCGUAGAAAGCGCUGGAAAUGGCCGAGACCCUAAAGUUAAGAAUUUUCUGGGGAAGCAUGCCCUAGGUUGGGACACCAUGGCUACAACUCUUCCCCAUGUGCGUACACAUUCAAAAUCUCAUGCUAUGCCCCUGAAAAGGUUGAUAAGACAUUAAUUAAACAGUAACCACACUAAAACACAAAAGGAAACCGACACAACACCAAGAAACACCCCUAUGAUUUGACUAUAUAGCCAGCAAAAUCAGUCACAAUGUUGUGUUCUUACAUGCAAAAUUACAGCAGGACAUCUUCAUAGGAGACUUUAUAAAUUCUGUCCUGUUGUACACAUGUCUAAAUUCUGCUAUUAUUUCUCUUGGUAUUUCUCAGUAUAAAAUUGGACAAAAACGGAAGGCUGUUUGGAAAUUUCCAGGUGGACUUUCAGAUGAAGGAGAAAAUCUUGGUUAGUUAACAAUAAAAGUUAAACAUGGUUAAAUAAUGUAGUAGAAUAAUACUAGAGCUGUCUGAAUACAAGGCUGUGCUCUGGCAGUGCCCAUUGGCUCCUGGCGCUUAACUGUUGCUCCCGGGUGACUAGAAAAUCUUUGUUUUUUCAUAAAAAUCAUGCGCUGGGCACCUUGGAUUUUACAGGUUCAGUGUACUGGGAUCCCGUCAAUUUUUCCGAGAGCACAGCUAGCCUUGUAAUGGACACUAGUCUUGUGAGGUGAUAGCCCUUAUUCACCAUUUGCUUUGACAAAACACUGUUUGAACUCUGUGCUUUCAAUAACCUGUCCAUUUCUUGUCCAGGCCAGCUGCAGUUGUUGGAAAACUCUUACUGCUUCCUUAGGGUGUCAAAAUUUAUUUAACGUGUCUCUAAUGAUACCCCCCCCCCUUCCUCUAAGAGUCACCAGGGUUGGAUUUAUUUGCAACAUCUGCAUUUAACUAUCCCAUUUUCCUCUUUGAAUUUUUCUUGUUUUUAAGUGCAAUUACAUGUAUAACAAGAAAUAAAACAUGCACAUGUGAUGGCUAUAUGUGUAUGCUGCAAAUGGAUCUGCCCUUAAUGUGAACAGAAUUCUUUGAAACAACAGUUACUGCACAAGCCCAAAGGUUGGAUCCCCUAAGCCAACCUUAACACUUCUCACUUAGGGAAAAAUGUUGGCUUAUGGGAGGGGUAGGUGGGCAGUUUCCCUACAACGUAUAAUAAUCCAAGAUUUUGGUGUAAGAUAUUGGGUUCCCUACACAGGAAAAUGAGAUAUUAAAAUUUUUUCGCUGAGUGAGUAAAUUAGAAUGAAAUAUAUUGAAUUACCCCCUUCUCUAAAAAGUUCCCCCUCUUCAUUAAAAAUGUCUGGAGAAAGAGAGUUUAUUGUAUAAUUUUGAUAUUGACUGUACUUACUUUUUAUGCAAAACAAAUUAAUAAAUAAUAAUCAUGAUAAUAAUAAUAAUAAUAAUAAAUUAUUAUAGUGAAGUAUCAACCUGUCACAAACUUAUCAUCUACAAGUCAGAUGUAUCCUUCUAAUAAUACUGUUAUUUUGUAGAAGAAACAGCCAUUCGGGAAGUCUAUGAGGAGACUGGAGUGAAGUCAGGUACUGUAUGUGUGUAGAUGACUAAAAAUUGUAUAACAAAAAUAUAAUUUAACAGGUAUAGGGUAUCAAACAUAGGGUUUGGAUUUGUGUUAAAUUAAUUUUGUAUUCAGUUGCCCUCAAAGCAAACUCACUUCUUUUUUUCACUUUGGUUACUAAUUUGAAGGUAUUUCCUUGAGCAUAAGAAGAAACUUCGGACAACAGGAAUUUAAGAUACCUGUAACAACAAGUGUUUCAUCUGUUGCAUAACAACUUGCUAAAAUGUCAGAUACUCAGUGUGUUUUCAUUUCCUCAGAGUUUCUUGGUUAGUUUAUUUUUCUCAUGUUUUGACACAGAAUUCAAGUCUGUGAUGAUGUUUCGGCAACAGCACCAAAUGAAGAAUGCAUUUGACAAGUCGGAUAUCUACAUUAUAUGCAGGAUGUCACCCCUGAGUUAUGGAAUAAGUCACUGUGAAGAUGAGAUUGCACGGUGCGAGUGGAUGAAGUUAUCAACUCUCAUAACUCACGCAGACACUGGCCCAAUCACAAGAUUAGCAGCAAGGUUAGCUGUUUACGGAAUGAAGAAUGGAUUUCAAAAUGUUGAUUUGGAACCAAACAGAAUGAGAUCCUGGGUAGAUCCAAAUAAGACGGUUUGUCUUUAUCACCGAUAUUUGCCCAGUUGAUGGUUAAUACCAAUCUACUUUUACUUUGACUAAAAAUUGGCUGAAAAUUUGUAUUUGCAGGGUUCUUAGCUAACUAUCUGUUAGUACCAAGACGUUUACUUGUAAAAAUUCAUUUAUUUUUGGAUUCUGACAUACUGUACAUGUAUCAACAAAUAACAAAUAAAUGGACACACAUCUGAAUUGUACAAAUAAAUCUUUUGAAAAUUUUGGAAAUUUUAAUAUGUAAACUUAUU